CCUAUGUCUCCGCUCUACCUAAGCAUUUACAUAUCUGAUCGAUCCUAUAGCAUCAACAUGCCAUAGAUGCCGAUUGGUUAGUUGGCCACACCACUUGCACGCACAUAUCGUCUGUCGUAUCCCUUGCCAACCGAUAGAUGUAGGUACAUACACACCCAUGAAAGAACUUAUUUAUACGAUACCUGCUAUUUAGUCACAUCUACAUGCGCGGUCCUCCGGGUUAACAUGAGUCAUACGGGUUAGUUCCCGCAACCUAUUUCCUGUUUUAGAAGGCGCCCGAAGGAUUAGGUAUAGCAAAUCGGUCGAACCGGCCUGUCAACGGCCCGUCCCAAAGACAUAUAAAUAGGUAGCUCCCAUACUUAGGUCCGGGUUCUCCCCCACUCCCGUAGUUGUCAUCCGCUUCGUAGUAAGUCGCCUGCGAAGUUAUAGGUUAUUACGACAGGAAGCCCCUGGGUUAUAGAACAACAUGGCCCUAGACGCAUUGGUCCCCAACGACCCUCGAGUCGAACAUAAGUUUAAAUCCUUUGGAGAUAUCAAAUACCACUAUGUCCUAGCCAAGCCACAGGGCAAUCCGGUUGGCACUGCUCUUCUUGUCCAUGGCUGGCCUGAUCUUGGGUUUGCAUGGCGAUUCCAGGUCCCUUAUCUCACGUCCUUGGGCUUGCAGGUCAUUGUCCCGGAUAUGUUGGGAUAUGGGCAGACCUCUGCCCCUGAACCCGUCGAGGAAUACACGAUGAAGAAAAUGACUGCUCAUCUUGCAGCUAUAGUUAAGGAGGUUACCGACCAGCCUAUCAUCCUCGGUGGACAUGACUGGGGUGGGUUUUUCGUUUGGCGCAUGUAUGCAUACUACCCCGAGUUAAUCCGAGCUAUCUUUAGCUUGUGUGUACCUUACAUGCCUCCGUCACCAGUAAAGCUCACGCUAGAGGAUGUGGUGAGCAAGAUGCCCAAUUUCCAGUAUCAGCUGCAAUUGGCGAGCGGGGAAGCGGAGACCAUCCUUAACAAGUCGCCCGAGAAUAUCCGGGCCUUCAUGAACGGAUUACUCGGUGGCACAACGCCGGAGGGUGCCCCCGUUAUGAAAAUCGAGGUCGGUGUCAUCGAGGAGAACCUGAAAAAUGUCAGCCCUGCCACGACUGUUAGUAAGGAGGUGAUCGAUUUCUAUGUCCAGGAGCACUCGCGCAACGGUUUCCAUGGACCGUGUAACUGGUACCGUACUCGCACCCUCAACGCCGAUGACGACCUGGAGCUCGCGAAGAGGCCGGAUCCCAGGGUCACAAUACCGGCCAUGUUGGUUAUGGCUGAGAAAGAUGCCGCGCUCCCACCCCGCCUGGCGGAGGGACAGGAUAAGCUUUUCACUGCUGGGCUUAAGAGCGAGGUUGUUAGCAACGCUGGUCACUGGGUCAUGAUUGAAGCCCCAGAGGCGGUCAACAAGCAUAUCGGGGAUUUUGUCAAGAGCGUUCUUGGGGAUGAACUCAAGGCGUCGUUGUAAAAUCGUAUCAACUCAUAGUCCAGUCGUAGGCGCUUAGGUACUAUGUAUGCAGUGAGCAUUUGAAAUACUAUACUGGCCAGUAAUCGUGUGAUUGAUAGAUAGUAUUCGUAAUGGAGUGGCUCAUUAUUCACGAC